AUGGGCGACCACCAGCACUCCACCAUCAAACACCAGGACCAUGUCCUCCUUGACCAACCCCUCCUCCGCCUGCCGUACGAACUCUUACGAAACAAUUUUCGAGCAGCUCACUUCACCGUCGAGAAGGAGAGCACUUCCAUCAAGGCCCUCCUCAAAGACACGGCCACCGCCUCGGUCAAUGGGCGGGCCUCGCCCGAUCAGGUCUUGCAGAAUCUCGACGCCAUGAUCGCCAAGAUGCGGGGCGUCAAACGAAAACUCACGACCUAUGCCGACGAGGAGGCCCGCCUCUAUCAUCAGACCGAAGCCCGCAUCGCCCAUCUAGGCGAGCUCUAUGGCAUGCACAGCUUUGACGAUGUCAAGUACGAGACCUGGAGCCGUAAGAGGCUCGACCGCCUCUUGGUUGACUACCUUCUGCGGCAAGGCUACAACGACAGCGCCCAUGCGUUGACUGCAGAGAAGAACAUGGAGGAUCUCGUCGACGUCCAGACGUUUGUCUCGAUGAGCAGGAUUCAGGAGUCAUUACGUGGUGGCAGCGUUGCCGAAGCACUUGCUUGGUGCCAAGACAACAAGAAGGAGCUGCGCAAGAAAGAUAGCAGUCUCGAGUUCAUGCUUCGCUUCCAGCAAUACGUCGAGCUCCUCCGCAGCCACAAGUACCUCGAGGCCAUCGCCCACCUCAAAAAGUACAUCGUCCCCUACAAGUCUGUCUACCCGGACCAGUGCCGCAAGGCCUUUGGACUCCUCGCCUACUCCGACGCCGACGCGGCCGCCAACACAACCUACGCCGCCCUCUACAGCCUCGACCGCUGGACCAACCUCGUCGACAUAUUCACCAACAACCACAACGAGCUCCUCGCCCUGCCCCGCCUGCCCCUUCUCCACAUCGCCCUCUCCUCCGGCCUUUCUGCCCUCAAGACACCCGCCUGCCAUUCCUCCAGCGCCGUCGCCUCCUUCACGACCACGAUACCCUUCUCCCCGGAACAGUACCCCGAGACCAACGCCGGCAUCCCGCUGUCCUCGUCCAACGAAGCCCAGCGCUGGCGCCAGUCUCAGCAGCAACAAGACCACGACAUGCAGCCAGAGCCCUCCGGCGACGGCGCCCGCUCCCAGAAUCCUCACCCCCACCACCAUCACCAUCAACAGGCCCGCCCAGCCGCCAUCUCGAGCCCCGCCGCGUCCUGUCCCAUCUGCUCCACCGAGCUCAACGACCUCGCGCGCAACGUCCCGUACGCCCACCACACCAAGAGCCACGUCGACACGGACCUCCUGCUGCUGCCGAACGGCAACGCCUUUGGCAAGGACCGCCUCGAGGACUAUGCGCGCAAGUCCGGGCUCGAGCCCGAGGUUGAGGUCAAGGAUCUCAAGACGGGGGCGACGUAUCAUGCCGAGGAGCUCAAGAAGGUGUACAUUACGUGA